AUGGGCGACCCGGAACUGGUGUGGUUACCGUGCAAGCGUGAGCCGACGGAGGUGUCCGUGGCCUCCGACGCAGUGUCAGACGAUGCGGUGCCCCAAAGACGGAAGACUGGCUUCCUUGGGCAUCGCGACGCUGAAACUCUACAGAAUGCAGAGAGCAAGUUUUGGAUGCAGCAGCUCAAGUGUUAUGACGACCUGCACGCUUGCAAGUUAAUGCGGAACCGCCUGGAAAUGGCAUCGGAGGAAAGUGGCGGCCCAAAGUGGCACAGCCAGCCUGAGCAAAGGGCUCAGGAGGGGGAGAACGACGAGACAGGGGGGCUUUCCGCAUCCAGCGACUCUGCCAGUAGUUCCCGGUGUCUGUUCUUCGUGUCGGCAGUGCGCGAGGAUGGGCGGCUGGUUUUGCCGAACUUCCAUCCAGACGAUGUGCUCCUCGAUGUUGGCUAUCGAAACACCAACCGCGACUCAGAGGAUUCCAAAGAGAGGAUUCAAGGUCAUGAGGAGCUGGAGACUCUGAUUAGGGAGAUGCCGCCGGAAGGCCAGCGCGCGCUUCGGCGAAUGAUUGACAAGCUGGCGGGUGGAGGCAGCGCCUUUCCUGAACCAGCUAGCAAGAGCAGUUUCCCGAAGGAACCUGCUCGAGCCAGUGCCUCCGGCGCAUCCAGCAGUUUCCCGAAGGAACCUGCUCGAGCCAGUGCCUCCGGCGCAUCCAGCAGUUUCCCGAAGGAACCUGCUCGAGCCAGUGCCUCCGGCGCAUCCAGCCGCAUGCCCGGCUCGGCAGCGGUCCCGGGCAAGCUGGCACGGCCCAUCCCUUUGCGCGAGCAAGACUUUGCUCGCCCGGUGCCCAGUGCUACUCGUGAGCAAGAGAUCGCCCGUGCCAAAGCUGCUGCUCGGGAACAAGACCCCAGAAGUCGUCAGACAAUCAGGGUUACGGAUCUUGCCCGCGAGCAAGAACUAGCUCGAGCUCAGGCGGCCGGCAAGAAAGGCUCCGGGCUUGCGAACGCAAUCAGCGUCUCGCAGUUGGAGUCCCGCAUUUGGGGCAGCGUUCAAGAGGGUCGAGGCAAGGCAGCUAGCCAAGGCAAAGGCCCUCUCGAGCCGCAGAAGACCAGCUUUGACCAGGGCUGGUCUGGUUCCGGCGCCUGGUCAACUGCAGCUGCCUUGUCAGCCCAAGGGCCCAGGGAUGCCCGGCACGCGCCGCCCGCGAGCUCCAAGGCGGAGCCGCCGGCGCGCACUCACACCAUCAGCCUAGCGGAAGCAACCUGGCAAGGUGAGGAUGUGCUCACCGGCCUGGCGCGGCGGCCGCAGCCUCUGGUGCGCCCAGGUGAGGAACCCAGGGAUCCCGCGCAGCCACUGUCACCCCUGUCGGUGAUUCUGCAAGGCGAGAAGAUGCCAGCAGCCUCGCCGAGCUGGGCCACUUCAGGUGAGGGCGACCUGGGCAUGCAGGCUUCUCCGUUACUGCAAGGCCUGCCAACUGCCUUUGUGGUUGAUGGGCAAAUGCCAUGGGACGCAGGUCAAGGCGAGAGCCGCGCCCCACUGGGCCAGCCCGCAGGGCUGCGGCGGCCGCAAGUACCGGCAGGUGAAUCUGCUCAGCUGCAGCCUUCUCCUUUGAUGCAAGGCUUGCCCGCCGUCGCCAUUGGCAGCGUCGCGGAGGCUGCACCAGGUGCCGCUGCCGCUGUUGACCCGCCAAGGCCAGCUCCAAAGCAGAAGCCAGAGCCCGAAAGGCUCCGCCAGGUCUUCGUACCUCGGCUAAAGAGGACCACCGCCCAGUGCGUGGUCGCAGACUACGAGGGCUUGCCGGAGUCAGAUUCGCCGCGGGAGCAGCUCCAGGCCAUCCGCAAGGAGGACCCUGGCGCUGUGCUGGUGGCUGUCAGUGCCGUGAGGCUGCAGGCGCAGCAGCUUUAUUUCUACUUCAUGCAGCAGCAGGUGUUGUUGAAGGGCGUCUACGUGAUGCCAGAAUCAGCGGAAGGCAAUCGGGCCAUCCUCGUGCUGGACACGGCUGAGGUUGCAGACGAACUGAUGCAGAAGUCGCACAGUAUCCAUGAUUCGGCCUGGGCGGAGGUCCAGGUGCAGCUCCUGCGUUUUCAGGACACGGACCUCACCUAG